AUGGAUCGUAAGAAUCAGGAGAAGAGAAAGCAGCGCCAUAGCUCGACUUUACUGGAACAAGUGAAAAGGAUGAAGGAGUCAGCAGAGAUCAUUGAUGUGGUUCUAGUCGCAGAAGGUGAGAAAUUCCCUUGCCAUAGGGUGGUCCUGGCCGCGUUCAGCCCGUAUUUCAGAGCCAUGUUCACCUGUGGCCUGGCUGAAUGCACCCAAAGAGAAGUGGUGCUGCAUGACACCUCCGCAGAGAGCGUGUCCGUAAUCCUGGGCUACAUGUACAGUGCAGAGCUGCUCCUCACUAGCCAGAACGUGCAGACUGUUGCUGUUGCUGCGUAUUUCAUGCAGAUGGAAGACGUCUUUGGUAUAUGUCAGAAGUACAUGAUGGACCAUAUGGAUGCUUCCAAUUGCGUGGGGAUUUACUACUUUGCAAAGCAAAUUGGAGCAGAAGACUUAUCUGAUCAAGCAGGGAAAUACUUGUAUCAGCACUUUGCUGAGGUGAGCUUACAGGAGGAAAUACUAGAGAUUGAAGUCCAGCAACUGCUGGCUCUCAUAAAAUCAGAUGAUCUGAAUGUUUCCAGAGAGGAGAGCAUUCUGGACCUCGUCAUUAGAUGGGUUAAUCACAGCAGAAAGGCACGCGUGGGCCACCUUAUUGAGCUGCUGCAGCAAGUGAGACUGGUGCUUGUCAGCCCUUCCUUUUUAGUGGAAGCCCGGAAAAGGAACACAAUGAUCCUGUGCAAUUCCGAAUGCAAUGAUAUGUUUGAGAAAGCUUUGGAGACCAUCAGGAUAUCCAGACAACCGUCUCUCAGUCUGCGAUAUGGCAUGGAGACUACUGACCUCUUACUUUGCAUCGGCAACAAUUCUCUGGGCAUUCGCUCCAGACACGGCAGCUAUGCAGAUGCCAGUUUCUGUUAUGCUCCUGCAACACGAAAGACUUACUUCAUUUCCUCCCCAAAGUACGGAGAGGGUUUAGGUUGUGUUUGCACUGGUGUUGUCACCGAGAAUAAUGAUAUUAUUGUGGCAGGAGAAGCAAGCGCCGCCAAAAUGUCUAGACAAAAGACCAGAAACAUCGAAAUUUAUAGAUACCGCCAGCAAGGAAACCAGUGUUGGCACAGCCUGUGCACUACUCAGUUCCGUGAGCUCUAUGCACUGGGCACUAUCCGUAAUGAUCUCUAUAUAAUAGGAGGGCAAAUGAAAAUAAAAAAUCAGUAUCUGGUCACAAACUGUGUGGAGAAGUAUUCCAUGGAGCAAGACACGUGGAGGAGCAGAGCGCCCCUUCCCCUGCCGCUGGCCUGCCACGCGGCGGUGACAGUGAAGAGCAGCCUCUACGUGCUGGGUGGCUGGACACCACAGAUGGAUCUGCCUGACGAUGAGCCGGAUCGAUUAAGUAACAGAAUGUUUCGGUAUGACCCGGGCCCAGACAAAUGGACAGAGUGCGCCCCAAUGAAGUACUCCAAGUACCGCUUCAGCACGGCUGUAGUCAACAGUGAGAUCUAUGUCCUGGGAGGAAUUGGGUGCCUAGGUCGCGACAGGGGACAGACACGGAAAUGUCUUGAUGCAGUGGAGAUAUAUAACCCCGACGGAGACUUCUGGAGGGAUGGUCCUGCGAUGCCCUCUCCUCUCCUCUCCUUACGAACCAACUCCACGAGCGCAGGCUCCGUGGAGGGGAAGCUGUACCUCUGUGGAGGAUUUCAUGGAGCAGCUCGUCAUGAAGUUAUUACCAAAGAGAUUCUUGAACUGGAUACGUGGGAGAACCAGUGGAAUGUGGCGGCCAUCAACGUCCUCAUGCAUGACAGCUACGACGUCUGCCUUGUAGCCAGGCUCAAUCCACGAGACCUCAUCCCUCCUCCACCGGAUUUAGUGGACCAGUAG